AGCUGCUCGGACGCGCCGCUCCCGCCGCUCCCCCUCAGCCGGCAGGGCCGGGCCCGCCAUGGCCCCCGCCUGGAUCGGCCGCCUCUGCCUCCUCCUGCUGUGCCUCUGCGGGGAGGCCGCCGCGGGGAGAGAUUUCUACAAGAUCCUGGGGGUGUCCCGCGGCGCCUCCAUCAAGGACAUCAAGAAGGCCUAUCGCAAACUGGCGCUGCAGCUCCAUCCCGACAGGAACCCCGACGACCCUCGGGCGCAGGAGAAGUUCCAGGACCUGGGCGCUGCCUACGAGGUGCUGUCAGACGAGGAGAAGAGGAAGCAGUACGAUGCCUAUGGAGAGGAGGGCCUGAAGGAUGGGCACCAGAGCUCCCACGGAGACAUCUUCUCCCACUUCUUUGGGGACUUUGGAUUCAUGUUUGGAGGAAACCCACGGCAGCAAGACAGGAAUAUUCCCCGAGGAAGUGACAUCAUCGUGGACCUGGAGGUCACACUGGAGGAGGUGUAUUCUGGAAACUUUGUAGAAGUUGUCAGGAACAAGCCAGUGGCAAGACAGGCACCUGGCAAACGGAAAUGCAACUGCAGGCAGGAGAUGAGAACCACCCAGCUGGGGCCUGGGCGCUUCCAGAUGACUCAGGAAGUUGUUUGUGAUGAAUGUCCCAACGUCAAGCUGGUGAAUGAGGAGCGGACGCUGGAAGUGGAGAUAGAGCCAGGGGUGAGGGAUGGCAUGGAGUAUCCCUUCAUUGGGGAAGGCGAGCCCCACGUGGAUGGGGAGCCAGGAGAUUUGCGCUUCCGAAUAAAAGUUCUUAAGCACCCAGUGUUUGAAAGGAGAGGAGAUGACUUGUACACAAACGUGACAAUCUCGCUGGUCGAGGCACUGACGGGCUUUGAGAUGGAUAUUGCCCACUUGGAUGGGCACAAGGUUCACAUCGUGCGGGAUAAAACCACAAAACCCGGCGCCAAGCUGUGGAAGAAGGGAGAAGGGCUUCCAAACUUUGAUAACAACAACAUCAAAGGCUCCCUCAUCAUCACCUUCGAUGUGGAGUUCCCCAAGGAGCAGCUGACAGCUGAGCAGCGGGAAAGUCUCAAGCAGCUGUUGAAGCAAGGAUCAGUGCAGAAGGUCUACAAUGGAUUGCAGGGAUAUUGAUGUGUGGAAAAAUUGGACUUCCCUGGAAAUGCAAAGUCAGAAUUGUUUGAGGUCUUUUCUCCUGCCCACUGUAGAAGGGGGAAGAGGGAGGGGGGCAAUGACUGAGGUUUAGCUCAUCUUUGGUUUGUAAAUUAUGGAAGUACUCAGAGUUUGGGGAAAUACUUUUUCAGGACAUAACUGGUGCUGCCUAUCAUGUUCCACGUCCUGGAACAACAGAGAUUCCUUGAGCAGGAAAACAUAGGUGGGGGAAAGGAGUUUUAAAUUCCACACAGAUUGGAAUUUCUGGUUUUUAAAUAUAUUUUGAUGUGACUUUUCUUGGCCAUCUCAA